AUGGAGCUGUACCUCAGCGCCUGCUCCAAGGCUGCGAGCGUCGCUGCCACCAAGACGGCCACCAGCGGCCUGGCUGGCGCACACAAAACCCACUUUGCAGAGGUCGGACCGGAUCGGCUGCUGGACUUGCCUCUUGGGGUCAAGCUGCCUAUGAUCCCAGGAAGCAAUACUCUGUAUUUUACUACGAGCAUAGGUGAAAAGCUUUUUAGACCGUCUUAUUGUUUUAAUCUGACUGAUCCUUACUGCCACCUUAUGGAAAAUGAAUACAAAAGUCUUCAUGAUCCACACUUAAAAGCAUACCAUAAACGCAAAGAUAUCCUGAGAAUAUUAAAGAAAGGUGGCUACAUCACCAGCAAUAAUAAGGUGGUAUGUACCUUGAGGGAAUUGAAUAAAUACAGACAAUAUCUUACCAGCUUAAAAUUAGACUUCGAGAGACACUAUAUAAGAGAACAAGAGAUGCUUGCAAAACAGAUACAUAAACUACAGGAAAAUAAUCAAAUCCCUGUACAUUCUGAUGUUGCACAUUUACAAAAGUGGUUGUUCAAGGAGGGCACUCAAUCUAUUAAGGAGCAGGAGCGAUUAAUAAGGCACAGAUAUUUGGAUAUGAUAAGUAAGGAACUAGAACAACUUGAGCGCAAAGCAGAAGAGCAACGCCAAAUGCUGAGGGACAGAGAAGAAAGACAGCAGCGGGAAAAUAUGAAAAGAAAACUUAUUCUUCGUAGAAAAAUUGAAGAGGAAUGGAAGACAAAAGAGAUGUUACUUCUGACAAGGAUUGGAGAAGAUGUUAAAAGAAAACAGAAAACAGAACAACGACGUGAAAACAGAGAAGAGAAUGACAAGAAGAAACAAGACCUUCUAGAGAGGAAAAUGGCUUACCAUUUACAAAAAAUGCAAGAUUCUAGCUUUAAAGGAGAAGAUAUGGAGCAAAAUACAUUUAAAUACAGAGGACAAGAUGGAAGACAAUUUGAAUCUUCUCCAAACAAGAAAAAUAAGACUGCUGAUGAUAUAAAGUUAGUUUAUCCUGCUGGUGACCAGAAGACAUAUAAAGGAAAACACGAAUAUGUAACCAAUGCCGAUCAUCAGACUCACAGUAGUUCAAAGAAUGUUAUGCAAAAAUCAGCAACUUCAUUUAUCGGUCAGCAAGAUGUACAGGAUAAUGGUAUCGAUCAAAAGAGAGAUGGAGUGAUAACUAAAAAAUCAAGUAUUCUUGAUGAUAGAGGAGCUAUAAACAUGUCGGGUCAUGGUUCUAAUAUUUCAGUUCAACCUUCACCCACAAAAGUUGCUUCUAGACUUUCACAGUCAUAUGUGUGUCCUUCAAAAGCAGAGAAGUAUAAAAAUGCUGAUUUGAAUGGAGGGACAACCAAGAGAUCAAGCUACAUAUGUAAUUCAGGACCUCAGGCUAAUGCUACAACCCCAGGCAUAUUUCCUUCUACUGUUUAUUCAAAUAUGCCACAGAAUCUUCUACAAAAUUGCUUGCUAGAAAAAAUAACUUCUGAAGAACUGAAUAGUAUAAUUCAGAAUAUAAUGACCUGGGUUGUGGCUACAGUGACCAGUAUAUUAUAUCCAGCCAUCACAAAGUAUGAAGAAAGGUUGCAAAAUAGUACAUACCCAGUGUCUCAUGACUCCAUCCUCUCUUCAGAUAGUUCAAGUCUCUGUAGCACAUGCAGUGAAGAGUUUACAUAUAGAAGCUAUACAUCUGCAACAACUAAAACAUUUCAGGAGGAGCCCUGUGCAUUUGCAGUUGACAUGGCAAUAAAGAGACCAACCACACCUUUAAAAUCUCCUCCUGCAGAAAUAGAAAGAGCAGCUGUGGGGAAAACUUAUCAUUCAAAAGGACAAUCUGUAACCUCUAAACUCAAAUCUAAUCAGACCAGCUUUAUUUAUUCAUACCCUAAGCUCAGAAGUUGUAAAUCUGAUAGUCACCUUUUAACAUCAUUUGAAACAAGCACAACAAAAUCUAAGGAUGCUACCACUGAAACAGAGAGCUUAGGGAGUUCAACAUUAUGUGAGAAAAGAGCAAAAGCCAUGGAGGAAGUGAAGAAUUUAAAGAAUGUUUUGGUUAACUUUAAAUGUCAUUUGAAAGGGGAAACUGAAUUGAUUUUAGAUAGCUUUUUUCAAGAAAUAAUGUCUGAUUUAACCCAGGCCAUUCCUUCUCUCUCGUCUGUUACUGCUGAAGUUUUUGUUGACCAAUGUGAGCCUGAAAAAGAAGAUGUGCUCUCCAAUGUUGAUGUCUGCUCAGUAGCUUCUGAGAUUGUGGAAAAUAUGCUUGAGAAAUUAGAGUCUGCAGUUGAGAAAACAUGUGUUGAGAUGUUUUCACAAAAAAAUCUGUCAAUAGACAUUAAACCAAACUUAGCAGCCAGUGGGGAACAUCUCAUAUCAUCAAAUGGAGAACCUUUAAAAAAUCCAUUACCUGAUACUUUGGAACCUAUGUGUGAUAUUGCAGAGGAUAUGGUACAUGCCAUUUUUGAAAAGCUGAUUACUCUUGCAUCUCAUCAGCAAAAUGAAAUUGUUCAUCUUGAAGACACAACCAAAGUUUUCUGCCAGCCACAUAAGAUUGGCCCUAGUCCUGAACCCGAAGCAGCUAAUUUAAUUGUCAAAGAAGAAAUACAAAAUUUAAUAUCAACUAUUCUUUCCCAGUCCUCUUUGGUUGGUUAUAUAGAGGAAGCAGUCAGCACUAUACUGGGUUAUAUACAAGUUGAACUAAAUAAUGAGAGACUUAUUGCAUCUGAAGAAACAGUAAUACUCCUUCAGCUGCUUGAUGAUACCCUCACUCAGCUCCAUCAGGCACCAAUAAAUGAAUGUGCUCAAAAGACUAGACAACCUAGAAUAAGAAGUCCUUCUGACACUGAAGAAAAGUACAGGCUCACUGGCACCAGCUUGUCUAAUGAUCCUAGGUCAAGAAGACCAUUCCCACCUAUUAAUGUUCCAGGAAUGGUCCUUUAUUCUGAAGAUGAUAAUGAAGAGAUAGACAAAAUUGUAAAAAAUGUGCUUGAUUUAUCUGUGAAAGAUGAAAAAGCAAAACCACAAGAACAGAUUUCUAAUUAUCCACUUGCAAAGGGAAACACUUGUUUUGAAGACAAAAAAAGUAUCAAACCAUCUACAAUGCCUGCUUCUGCAAGCAAAGUUGCAUUUCAUAAUUGGGGAUUAAGGAAUGAGCCACCAAUUAUUAAUAAUGAAGAUAUUUUAAAGAAAAAACCCUGCUUGAAUGAUGACUUUUCAAUUUUCAGCCAAAAUCAAAAGCAUCAAAUACAAAAGGCUUCUGAAACUAUAGUUAAAGGAAUUUUAACAGAAAUGCUCAAGGAAAUAUCUUCUGUUCCUUCAGGUCACUUAGAUGGAAAAACUGGCAAAGUAGCUUCGGUUUUUGUUUCGGAAAAACCUCAAGGACUGUCACAUCAAGAAUGGAUGGACCAGAUGUUCUCUGCAUCAGAAAUCAGUAUGGUGGUUCAAGAAAUAAUAGAUGCUGUGUUAAAUAUACUUCAUAAGGCAUCAAGCUACAUUCCCAACAUCACUAAAAGUUCUGUUUCAUCAUCUGUUCAUGAGACUUCCCUAGGCAAUUCUGACACUCCCCACAGAGUCAAAGAAGCACCACUUAAAGAACCAUUAAAAAUAUGGUUUGACAGUGAAAAGAAAAUGAAAUAUUUAUCUUCACUCAAUGUAGAUUCUGCAAUGACUUCUUGUUUAAAAUAUGGAGAAAGUGAACCUAAACCUGUAAAUGAUAUUAAUGAUAAAAUCAUUAAUACAAUUUUUAAAAGGCUGAAGUCGUUUUUUGGUUCAAAAUUGCAAAUGGACUUCAAACCUUCACUUGCUGAGAAAUCUUCAUUACAAUCUCAACUUAGUAAGUAUACAACUAAAAUAGUAAGCAUUGUUUUGCAUGCUAUCCAGAAUGAAUUGGAAUUUAAUAAGAAAAAUCUAAAUCUUAGGAAGAUUGACCAUACCAAACAGCUUACAGAUCAAGGGUUUUUUGCUGACACUAAUAAGGAAUUAGACUCUCUUGUCACAAAUAUCAGUGAUGACAUUUUGGAAAGCCCAUUGUUGACUUGUAUUUGUGAGAUGUUAUUAGGUGAAAAAGCAGAUCAAAGAAGUACUCCACUCCCUUCAGAUAAGCCAAGGUCUGCAAUAGCAUAUGAAUCUGACAAUGUUGAUAAACAAAAUAUCUCACCAAGCAGGCAGGAUAAAAAAUAUUUUCAAAAAUAUAUGGCUACUCCAUGUACUCUACAUAGUGUCAUUGAUGGAAAAGAUCUUAAAGAGAAUGCCAAACUGCAAGUGUUAGAUAGAAUUGGGGAAACACUAUAUGAAAUGUUAGGCAAGCUUAUAGAAACCUAUCCUCAUUCUCAGCCAUCUUGUGAUCAGCAAAACAGAGAGAAGACUAAUGAGAGUCAGCAAAUGGCUGCUGCAUUGCAUUCUAAUAUUCAGUUUAUUUCCGAAGGAAUUUUAGAAUAUAUCCUUGAAAAAUUAUGUAAUGUUGAUAUGGAUACCAGUUUUGCAAGCUGUGGACUUAAAGCUGUUUCAGAAUUUCUUGACAUUGACAACCUAUCAUUUUCUUCAAUUCUUGAGGAGAUGGCCAAAUGCACCAACAUAAUCUCCAGUAUAGUUUCCAAAAUGAUUCAAAAAGACAAUAAAGAGGCUAAAAGCAUGGCAAAACCAAUUGCUCCUGAGUCUUCCAAAACAGGGAACACAAAAGAAGUGCAUUCAAAUAAACUGAAAGCUGUGACUUCAGAUAUUCUCAAAGACGUUUUUGCUAAACUGGAAGGGUUUGCCAACGGAAAUUUAGAAACUCUGGGUGCUAUUAAUGAUGUGAUUAUAAAAAAUGAUAAGAUAGACUGGGAAAAUGAAAAUACUAGUGUUUUCACAAACACACAUGAAGAAUCAUUGCAAUCAGCUUUAUACGUGCAUGCAAAGAAGGUAUCAAGUGCUAUUUUGAAAGCUAUUCAAACAGAAUUAAAUUUGAACUCAUCAGAUUUGACGACAAGUAUAAAAAACCCAUUGACUGAGAAGACUCGAGUGCUUAAGAAUAUAGUCAGUUUAAUUUUAGAUGCAGUGUCCUCAGAUAUGUUUAAUGAAACUGAAUCUGAAGAGAGAAGCAUGGAGACUUAUCGAUACAGACCAACAUGUGGAAAUUUUCUUCCUGGAGGAGCUAAAUCUGAUUCAUUUUUAGAAGAUGAUGCACAUACCGAGAAAAAAAUCAUUAGAGAGAGUCCACCACUAGGAGAAGAAAUGAAAACACAUUCUCUUAAACAAUGGGUUCUAGAAAGAACCUUAAACAAAAUUGAAGUAAAACUCAAAGAACCACAUACAUCUCCAAUAACUCCCAUUAUAAGAAAUCUUUUGAAUGAAAUUUUCCAAAGUGCUUUAAUCAAUCAAUUAAAUAUGCUUUGUCUCUCUCACUCUCAUUUCAGUGACAUGCCUCAGAAUGUUGAUGAACCAGUUGCUCAAACAUCUGUUCAAUUAAUGGAUAAAAUGAUGAGCCCUUUAGUGUCUGAAGCAGAUGUAACUAUAGUAACAGAUAAUAUUGUUAGAACUAUAUUUCAUAAACUGUAUUCAGCUGCCAUUACAGGAAGAAAAGUAAAUGAAGAUAGGUGUAAAAUCAUCACUACUUCAACAAAUGUUCCUUUUCAUGAACACAUCUGUGAAGAAAAGUCCUCUGUUACCAUGUUUGAUGGAAAUCCAGAUAUUUUUCAAUCCAGAUUCAAUGUUUACAAACAGGCCAAGGUAAAAGUAGUUGAAGAUAUUGUACAAGCAAUAUUAACAAAUUUAGAAACUUUUGCUACUUCCAAAGUUAAAUCUCUCUUAUGUCCCCAAGUAAUCUUAACAGUUCCGUUGGCUUUACCUAAUCAGCAGGAUCAGACUACAUUGAGCAAAGCAUUGUCAGCCAAAGAUUCAUAUUCUGAUGAGCAAGUUUCCUGUUGCUCACUGGAUCAUAUUAUGUCAGGAAAGAUCAACUCAUUGUGCCAAUUAUCUUUGUCGAAAUUAAAUUUUUAUGCAACAGAAGUGGCUAGAAAAAUUUUACAAGGAAUCAAACAUGAAUUGGAUAAAGAAAGGAAAAGUCCUUUCUUAGCUUAUAACACUGUGGCUUCUGAAAAUAUUGCAAGUCAAAUUGUUGACACAGUGUUAGGUAUUGUAUCAUGUAAAGGCAAAUAUGACAAAAACUGUUUUGGGAAAGAGAAUGAUUUAGAUCAGCAAGAAAGUAUUAUUGAAAAAUUGUUUCACAAGACUGAAUAUCAAAAAGUACUUCAGUUUCAAAUACAAGAUACCAUUGAAUGUAUCUUAUGUGAUAUUUAUGAAAAAACACUGUGUCAGAAUAAACUCUCAUUUGCCACACCCACUCCCACUCUGAAAGGUAGCAUGACUGGUAAACAUUCAGAAGCAGAUUCUGAAGUGUUCAUUGUGAAUGCAAAUAAGAUCAUUCCUAAACUUUCAAUUCCCAAAUCAGAUGUUAUUUUGAUGUCUGAUGAUAUAGUGAAUAUUGUACUUCAUAAUCUCAGCUGUGCUGCCAUGCUUGCCAUAAAUGCAAAGAAUUCUAUGUCUGCAAGUUUGCCCCUGACCUUUUGUGAUAUGCUUUCAAAAACACAGUGUCAACAGCCUCCUCUUUUAGGAUCCAAAAGUGAAAGAAAAACAGAGUGUUUCUCAUAUUCCAGAGAUCAGAAGUCAGUUUGUGCUGCUGAUAAUCAAAUAACUGAAGAAGACACCAAUAAAUCUGCUUUUUUCUCAUGGGAAGAAAAUGCUAGCUUCAUUACUAAAUCUAUUUUCAAUCAUUUAGAAUCUUUUGCCACAAAAAGAAUAGAUUCAUUAAUUACUCUUGCCUUCCAGCCUAAAGAAAAGUCAUUUGUUAUCUCAGAACUGGAAAAUUGUAAACAAGAUGACGGAAUCUUUCAUGAAUCAAACCAAAUGGAAUCAGAUGCAGAUGUCCUGAAAAUAUCAACAACUGAAACCAUUCUCAGCCAAAAGCUCACAGAUUCCACUUUUGUCAGUUACAGAGAAAAACGUGGAUCCACAAUUUAUCUAUCAGAAGCUAGCCUUAAGAAAUAUGCUGACAUCAUUGCUAGUGCCAUUUUGAAGCUGAUUAAAAAUGACUUAGACUUAGAAAUUCAAAAGAUAUAUCCAUGUCCAAACAAUAUUUUGUUCCAACAAAACAUAAUGGUAAGUGAAAUUGUUGACAGCAUCUUAAAGAUUUUAGAUGAUAAAAGAUCUAUACAAGACAUUGGUUUUUACUCAAAAGAUAAUCCUUACUCUUCACAAUUAACCAUAUCAAAUGAAAUAUUGCUGGGACACAAAGAGAAGAAAAGCAACACCAAACUAUCCCUAUUUACAAAAUACCCACUAGAACAAAACCAUAUGAUAUUGGAAAAGAAAAGCCAGAGAAUUAUUUUGGAAGAAAUUUUUUUGAGUGAUGGAGAAUUUAAACAAAAAGAAAAAGCAGAAUUGCUCAGUGUAGUGGAAGAACUUUUGAAUAAGUUUUAUCAAAGAGUAAUGAAAGUCAUAGGCCGUUUUCCUCCAUUUAAUGAAAUCUCCCACUUUAUGUCUAAUUCUAAAAUUAAAACAUCAGAUGUAACACAAAAAACUCCUUUUCAAUCACAUAUUAACAGAGUAGCAAACGACAUAGUUGAAAGUGUUUUGGGAAAAAUGUGCUCUCUAGUCAUGACAUCAUUAUAUGAAAAUAAUAAAAGUAGGGUAGAAGCAGAAAUAUUUGAUCACAGUGAUUCCUUACCAACCAAACCACCAUGGUUUGAAGAAACAAAACAAGCUGAAAAAAUAAGUAAUUCCUCUAGAUAUGAUAUACCACAGGUAUAUUAUGCAGAUAGUCAAAAUGUCUCUGUGAUAGAAAACACUAUUUUGCAGUAUUCACCAGUGGAAAUAGAGAAAGAUUUAGUUCAAAUGGUUCUCAAUAAGAUCACAAAUUUUGUCUCACUUGAACUAAAAGGGAAUUUUUCUCCUGAAGUCAGCUCUAAGCCAGGAAUUAAAACAAACUUAAAAUCAAAAUCAAAAAUUACCUCUUUGCCUAAAUUUACAACAAAAACACACCGAGGAUCUAGUGGUGCUAAGGUCAAAAGCAAGACUAGGUUAGGUCCUGGAGAGAAGAUGCCAAGAGACAGCAGGGCUAAGACUGCCAUUGGAUUGUCACACAUUCUGUCAACAGGAGAUGCUAAAAGUUUGCUGGACACAAAAUUUUCCACUUCAGAGCUAAAAAUGUAUGCCAAAGAUAUAAUAAUUAAUAUCCUGAAAACAAUUGUGAAAGAAUUGGAAAAGGUGACACAAAACAGAGCAAUGGUAAAUGUAAGAACUUUACCAUCUGAUCAAAUCAUGGCAGCAAGUAAAAUAAUUAAUACAGUUUUGCGAGAAUUAUGUGCUCCAAGUAACCGAAAUUUGGUUUAUCCCGUCAAAUUAUCACAUUUGGAUGAUCUCAAACUUUCACAGGGGAAUAUAGGUACAGUAUCCCUUGCCAAACAACAAGCAUGUUUUUACUUAGAGAAUGUUUCUUCACAACUAGAACAAAUUUUUCCUAAAGAAGGUAUAUUUAAAAAAAUGUUUGACAAAUGGCAGACAGAAUCAAAUGACAUAGAAAAUGAAAAAUGCAAGCUAUUGGCAAUAGCCGAAAAUGCUUUGACUGAGAUUUCAAUAAAAGCAAAAGAAUUAGAAUAUUCUCUUUCACUUUUAAAUUUGCCACCUUUUGAAAAUUGUGAAAACAGAUUUUACAGUAGUUUUAAAGGAACAUCUACUAGAGCUGAAGAUACUAAAGCACAAAUUAAUAUGUUUGGAAGGGAAAUUGUGGAAACAUUAUUUGAAAAAUUACAGCUAUGCUUUUUGUCUCAGGUACCCACUCCAGACAGUAAAGAAACUCUAGCAAACAGUAAAGAACCCAUUACUGCUAAAAGUACAUACGGUUUUCCAAACAAGCAAAUCCUUAGCAAUUUGCCAAUCUGUAACACAAAGACAGAAGACCAAAUCUCUGUGAACUACAGCAACCAAAUUAUUCGUGAGAUUGUAGACAGAGUUUUAAACAUGUUGGAGUCAUUUGUAGACUUGCGGUUUAAACAUAUCUCUAAAUAUGAGUUUUCUGAAAUAGUAAAAAUGCCUAUAGAAAACCUUUUUCCUGUCCAACAGAGACUACUAAGCAAAAAAGUGUUGCCAAAAUUACAACCACUGAGAAAAUUUUCUGAGGAAUCCAAAUCAAGUAGUUUUAUAUUCAAGGAAAACAUACAGAAUACCCUUCUACAGGUUCACUCAUUCCAUUCAGAAUUACUUACAUAUACUAUUAAUAUCAUCAGUGACAUGCUUGGUAUAAUGAAGAAGAAGCUUGACAAAGAAAUAAGGCAAAUGGAGCUAUCUUCAAUCAGCAUAUCGAAAGAGAAUGUUGUAGCAAGUGAGAUCAUUGGCACACUAAUGGACCAGUGUACUCAUUUCAAUGAGUCUUUGAUCAAAAUCAUUCCAAAUCAAAGUUUAUUACAAGGAGCUGAAAAUGCCUGCAUUGUUAAUCAGGUUGAAUUAGCAACUAAUAUGAAAAUGCCCAUGUCAUUGUUAAAGGAAGCUGGGUUGGGAAAUAACCCUCCACAAAUGAGUAUACCUGACUUGGUAUUUUAUCCAGAGGAAAAUAUGAAAAAACAACGUGGGGUAUUAUCAAAUUUAUCCUUAUAUGUCAGAUCCCCUGUAAAAGACACAGUUAGAAGCUCAGAGUCAAUGAAAAGACCUGAUUCAAAAACUAUGCCAUCGUGUCCUAGAAACAAAGCAGAAGAUCACAGUCCAAGGAAACCUAACUCUGGCCAAUUUAAUGAGGCCAUGAAAGGAAAUAGCUCCCUCCCUCAAGGCAAUAUAUUACAAAAAAUGUUUAAGAAAGUAAAUGAGUCCACAGAAGUGGCAUUAAAGCAAGCCAUGUCAUUCAUAGAAAUGGAAAGAGGUGAAAAUCCAAGAGUGUUUCAUUAUGAAAUUGGAAAACCAGAUGUUGAGCCAAACCAAAUUCAGACAACUGUUUCUCCACUCAAAGUGUGUUUAGCUGCAGAAAAUAUUGUGAACACUGUACUGUCCAGUUAUGGCUUUCCCAGUCAACCACAUACUAAUGACAGCAUGGAAACAAUGAAACCAUUUUUCAUAUCAAAACAAAACUCUUUAUCUGAUGUAUCUGGAGAACAAAAAUAUGAGGAGAAAAGUUCGCUUAGAAUGCAAGAUAAACAAAUCAGAUAUGAACUAGAAGAUGAAAAAAAGAUUAAAAAAGUAGAGACUCUGAAAGAAGUUGAAGUCAUUACUUUUGCUGAUUAUGAACUGGGUCCCAGUGAAAUUCAAUUGAUAGCAAGACACAUCACUACAUCUGUGGUCACAUAUUUCAAGAACUUUGAAACUAGAGUUUUCAGUGAGGAAAAGAUGCCUUUUGUUUCUACAUUGUCAAAGAAAACAUUUGAAUCAAAACAAUCUCAAAGAAACAUAUACAGUGGCUCUUCAGUGUAUCAAUUUUGUGAAUAUCUCACGGAAUCAGUCAUGUACCAUUUAAUUUCAAGCAUUUCUGUUGGCACCAAAGAGUGUAGAGAAAAAAGGAAAACAAGGGAAAUCCAAGAAGCUGCAUUAAACAAGAUUAUUUCAAUUAAUUCUCAAGUGUUUGAAAGCAAGUUGAUUUCCAUUGGAGAACUUGCUUUAAAUAUUUCUGAAAUCAUUAUUAAAAUCUUUUUUAAUAAUAAAAUUAUACAGACUGACAUUUCACAGCAAAUAGUUUCCAUAAAAUCAAAAUACAUUUACUGCCCAGGAGUAGUUUCUGCUGACUUUGAUAAUCUCUUUCAGGAUCUCUUAGUAGGUGUGAUUAAUGUACUAUCCAAAGAUAUAAAAAUAAAUUAUCAGUUUGAAGGCAAUGGCAGAAACAAAUUAUAUUCCAAGCUUAGAAACAAUAGUGUUUCCAUUUGCAACAAAGCCAACAUUACCAAAAGACAGACAGACUCCAGAGAUAGGCAGUCAUCUACUCAAGAAACUGAUCAACUCAUUCAUAAAAAUAAAUUAAACUAUCUUGCAUAUAAGUUAGACAGCCUGGUUGGUAACCUAAAAACAAGUGAAACCAAAGAGUUAGUCAAUAAAGUUUUUAAUAUUGUUUCAGAUUUAUUUUUGCCAGACGAAUGCCCAGAUGGGGCUAUGAAUUCUGGUAAAAUAGCAAGAACAUUUUUCUCCUCAAAUAAUCAACAAAGUAAUAAUAGUAUACUUAGAACUAACCUAGGGCUCUCCUCAAAAUCAAUUUUUCUUCUUAAUGUUGCAUGUGAGAAACUUAUUAGAAUACUUUUGGAAAAAUGCACACGCACUGUCUUUCUUGAUAAUUGUCCUCUUUCUGAUGAAAUAUCAGCAGAAGAAUGUCAAGUUUUAAAAAUACUUCAAAGUGUAGAAUAUAGAGAAUUUGAUCAUUGUAAGGAAGCAAUGGACUGUGAACAGCUCCAAGGAAAUUACAUGUCUGGCCUUUUGGAAAAUCUGGCAGAAAUUGAUCAAAACUUAUUAUCAUCAGACUCUAUACUUACUAUUAUUUCCCAUAGCUUGGUUGAAUUAUUGAUGGAUAAACUAUCUCACAAUUUACAUAAAGCUCCUGGAAGUCCACCUUUUUCAAACAAAUAUUUGAACUAUAGCACAAGAGAAAUACAGUCUAGUUUCACAAAGGCAAAAAGGCCAGGGUUAGUAGAAUUAGGACAAGGUAAAGACUCUUUAGGUUACAUGAGUUAUGAUAGUAAUUAUUUGACAGAGUCCCCGAAUAAUCCCAAUAAGGUUAGCUCCAACAUACAAGCAUCAUUUGGCAAGCAAUGUACAGUAAAAUCCUCUUCAGUGUCAUCUCUUAAAAGACAAGGAACAAAGGAAAUGGAUGCAAUAGCCAUUCGUCAUAAACAACAUCAAGGAAGUGUACAUACAGGAGUUUACUCGGCCACAUUUUUGGAAGAAAUAAUUUCUGAAUUGUUUUUUAAUCUCUCUACAUCAUUGUGGAGCAAAAAUAAAAAUAUCACUGAGGCCCGGCUCAAUGAGAUGAAUACAUUAUUUGUCAACAAUGUAGUCAAUGAGCUAAAUAAGGCUCAAGUCACUGUUCUACGGAAUGCUGAAGAAAGACUGUGUUUUCCACCAAUUCAUAAAGAAACGGUUAGAAAUAUAGUUGACUCCAUUUAUGAUGAUGUUUUACAGAAAUAUGAAUUGAAAGUUACCUGUGGUAACAAUAUGGCAUAUGGUAAUACUUCAUUAGCAGAACAAAUAACUAAUGCCAUGUUGUUAGAGAUUUUAGAUUAUCAACUCCCAUCUUGCUACAGGAAGCAGCUCAUACCCCAUUCAUAUUACCCUCUCAAAAGUGAGAUUAUACUGCAGAAGCUUCAAUAUAACCUCAGAAAAUUUACUUUUCUACCUAACUCUUCUUCAGGUUAUAGCACCAUGUUAUCAUACUCAUUUUUAGAAGAUGUCAUCAGAAGACUUUUGUCUCAGCUCAUUACCCCACCCAGGAAGUCCUCUUUUUUGGGAAAAAAAUAUGUAAUGAGUUCGGAUUUUAAUGAAAUUUCCACAUGUAUAAUAAGUAAAGUUAUGUCAGUCAUUUCAAAACAUAAAAUCUGGUUCACCAUAUAUGAUAAUCAAUAUCUGUACACUAGAACAAACCUCCAAAAGAUGGUGGAUUCCAUUUAUAGCAAUAUUUUGCUAAUAUCUGACUCUUUUGCUUCAAUACAGAAAAGUAUAGUCAGCCAAAACCCAAUUAUAAUUGAUCAAAUAGCCAGUUUUAUCAUCCAAGAGAUUAUUGAAAAUCACCUUCAACCAUUUUUGUGCGGAGAGGAUUUACUGCGUCCAAAGACUCCACUGGAUACAGCAUCGAAUAUGGUUAAACAGGUUCUCAGUGAAGUUAUAGAGUCACACAGACCCCAGAAGCCAUCACCCUUUGGUAUUUACCCUGAUACAUUUGUAGGGGAGAUUGUUACCAGACUUGUGUCAAUGAUUUUCAGCCCAAAGUAUAACACUGAAGUUGAACUAAAAAACAUGACCCAAAAAAUAAUACACUCAAUAAAUAACAAUUUUGACAAAGUCAAACUUCACAGUCCAGAUGAUGAUAAAGACCAGUCUUUCCCCUCUGCCAAUACAGAUAUUGUGGAUGAACUUGUCACAUCAGUUUAUAGAAAUGUUUUAAAACAACAUGAGUCAGACCCUGGUGUUGAUAAAGAGUCUGAAGAUAGUGACCUUUUUGUGGAAAAUAUUACCAAUUUAAUUGUAGCAGCUAUUUCAGAUUACCUUCUUCACCCGCUGUUUUCUGGAGAUUUGUCAGCAUCUUCCUAUUCUAUUUCAAUGGCUGAGAAUAUUGUUCAGGACAUCCUUAGUAACAUCAGUAAAUCUACCGACCCAAGCCAGAGUUUAACUUUAUAUAACACCUUGCUGCCAUACACAUUUUUAGAAGAUUUAAUCAAAGCACUGUUAUCUAAAUUCUUUCCUUCUACAUCUAGCCUGGUUUCAAACAGAGAAACCCAAAAAGAUAGAAUAAGAGGCAAUUUCAAUGAUAUUGCUUCCAACCUUAUUAGUGAUAUUAGAAUAAAAAUUUCCCAACACAAAAUUCAGUUUUCAAAAGAUGAAGAAGAAAACAAGUUUGUUUACUCAGAAGAUGAUGUUCAGCAUCUUGUUGACUCGAUCUUAGAAAAUAUUUUACAAAACACUGGGUCUGUAGACUCAGGUGAACAAAAUAUAAGCAGUAAUGAUGCUCUUAUUGAUAAAAUAGCAGGUUUUACCAUUAAACAUAUCUGUCAACAACAUCUUCAGCCAUUUGUGGAUGGAAAGUCAUCAUCUUCAUCAGACAUAUAUUAUGAUGAUGAGAGAAGGCAGUUAUUUUAUGCCAACGUUUACUCUUCAACUUUUUUGGAAGAUGUGAUCUCUGGGGUUAUAAGCAAAAUAUUCCACCGGGCAGUAGGCAUUGUACAAACAAAAUCAAUAAGAGAGUUACGAGAUGAACUGUUUGAUAAAGCUGAAAAACUCAUACAUUUGAUAACAGAGGAAUUCUCAAAAGCACAAGUUAGCGUCAUUGGUAAUGCUGAGAAACAAUUGUGUUUACCUCCAGUGGAAAUAGAUGUAGUCAAAAAUAUUGUUGAUAUCGUGUACAGCAAAGUUUUGAAAGAAUAUGAAAUGGAAAUAAUGCCCAGUAAGGAUUUUCUAAGUGACACAAAGACAUUGGCUUCAAGGAUAACUGAAAUUAUCCUGGCCGAAAUUGUUGAUUUUCAAAUUCAUCCAGUUCUUAUAGUAAAUCUACCUGCUAAGUCAUAUUCUAAGCUUAGUGCCAAUGUUUUAACAAAGAGAGUUCAGUAUAAUAUUAGUAAAUCAAAAUUCCAAAGACAGGCUUCAACAAUAUAUACAACUAUGUUAUCACAUACUCAUUUGGAAAAAAUAGUCACUCAGCUUAUAUCUCAGAUGAGUCCAUUGAUCCCCAGUGCAGAAUAUUCAGAUAUUUCUCAGUCAGAGUUAAGUAAUACAGUCAUAAAAUUAAUAAAUGAGAUUAUGUCAAUAAUUGCAAAACAUGAGAUAUGUAUUAUUAAAUAUGGAAAUGUAAAACAAAGUAUGAUUUCAGAAAAAGAUAUCCAAUCUAUGGUUGAUUCCAUUUAUGCUGAUCUUUCUUAUUCAGAUGUAUACCAGUCUCUUACAAAAGAUAAAAAAAGAAUAAGUAAUAUACCUGUUUCAAAAAUAGCAAGUUUUAUAAUAAAGGAAAUCUUUAACCAUCAUGUUCAGUCAUUUUUAUCUGGAGAUAAAACUUUCCUCUCAGGUGCAAUUGAUCAGACUUAUAAACAGAAAGUAAUAGAUCCUAAACAAAGAGAAUUGUCUCUCAUUGUAAACUCAGCUAUCUUUUUGGAGGAAGUAAUUUCUGAGCUCUUGUGCAAAGUCCUUUUUGUAUUUUCACAUAAUGUCAUGGUUGCUGAAAACCCAGAUACAGCAAAACAAAAAAUCACUGGCAUUGUUACAUCAUUAGUAAAUUCAAUUAUUCUGGAGUUCAUCACAUCAGAGAUUUUAGUUGCAGAUAACUUUGAUGAAAAUUUGUAUUUUUCAGGGAGAUAUAAGGAAAUGGUUCAAAAAAUAGUCAACUCAAUUUAUAAAAAAAUAUUAGGUGAAUAUGAAUCCCUCACUCAAGUAUAUAGGGUUAUACAAAGUGAUACAAGCUAUUUUGGAAGAAAAAUAUAUCAUUUGCUAUUGGAAGAAAUUUAUGACUUUCAAGUGCAAUCAUUAGUAUCAGGAGAAUUAGUGUCUUCUUCCUAUUCUUCCCCUCAAGCCAAUAAUAUCAUCAGAAAUGUACUCAACAUCAUCAUGAAAGAUAGCCAUGCUUUGCCAUCAUAUAUUACCGUGUUGCCCCAUUCUCUCUUAGAAGAUAUGAUUUACAAGCUUCUAGUGCAUAUCUUCCCUUCAACUGACACUGAAAAUGAACUAAAAGAAGAAUUUUCACCAGAUUAUGAGUUUGUGGAUGCAGCUUCAAAACUGACUGACCAAAUUAUAAAAGAAAUUUCUGAACAUGAGAUUUGGCUUUCCAUGGCAGGGGAUAAUGCAGAAAGUAUGCAGUCUGAAGAUAUUGAAAAUUUGGUUGACUCUAUUUGUAAUAACAUUUUGAAAAAAUCUGAAUUCCAACUCGAGGUACAAAAAGCUGCAGACAAAAAAGGAGGCUCAUUUUUAAGUAAAAUAGCUGGCUUUAUUAUGAAGGAAAUUAUGGAUCAUCAUUUAUGGCCAUUUUUACAUGGUGAAGAAUCAUCUUUCAAUGCAUUAUCUGAUUUUGAUCAUGUCUCUGCACUUGAUAAAUCUGGUAAAGUUAAAACACAGCCUUCUCUAUAUUCAGCUGCAUUUUUGGAAGAUGUUAUUGUUGACCUUGCUCACAAAUUUUGUUCUCUCCCCAUUAUUAUUGAAGAUUUGAAGAAAAAAGAAAUGCCAAAGCCAGACAUUGUGAGCCUGGCUAUAAAAUUUGCAAACUCCGUGAUAUGGGAAUUUAAUAAAAAUGAAAUUAAAGUUUUACCAAAUGCUGAAGAAAUGUUUUCCUUUCCACCAAUUGAUAAAGAGACAGUUAAUAAAAUAUCUAAAUUUGUAUAUGAUCAGUUUAUAGGAAAACACAAAUCUAAUGCUAUUCAGAAAGAUGAUAAAAGUAGUAUUGUUAUAGAAAUAAUUGCUGCUUUAGCCCAGAAUGCAAUCUCUGCAUUCAAGAUUCAACCACUUUUUUCAGGAGACUGGUCUUCCACCUUCUUUUCAUUUCUAAAUCCAGAUAACAUUAACCAAAGGAUUCAACACCUACCGCAAAAAACCUCUACACAGAUAACCAGAUACUUAAAAGGAAACCAACAGACUUUACCAGAUCAAUUAUAUAAAAACGUUUCUUUUACCUCAGACCAGAAAAUUGCAAUGGACACUUUGGAAAUAAAUAGAAGUACAACGGAUAGAAAGAAAACUUUCAAAACAAAAGACACACCAAUGAAAAAAGGUGACAUCAAAAAUCCAAUACCUAGCCCUGUAACAAUGAUCAUGACAAGUAACAUGAUUAACCUGUCAGGGUCAGCUGCAGGUGUAACAAAUAAAAAGAAAGAGUAUAAAAAUAAAGUGGGAAUUUCUACUCAAAAGUAUAUUGAGAAUGUACCAAAAGUUACUUCUCCAACUACCAGUGUGAAAAGUACAGACACUCAGAAGCCAAAUGUAAAUGAGACUGUUAAAAGUAAUGAAAUUCAUAAGAAAACAAAAUCAGUUCCAAAAGAUAAAGAAGGACAAGAUUAUGAGCUACACAUACCUUUUUCAGAAGCAACAAACGAUAUGAAACACAAGAAGGAAAUACUUGAACCAGAUUUUGAAACAGACUAUGAAAAAAAGACUGAUAAUACAAGAGACAGAUCAUUAAAAGAAGAUGACAAGCACUUUCAAUUAUCUCCUUUGACAUCUGAGAAGAGAAAUAUAGGGACCACAACAGAGAAAACUUUGGAAAUAGGUUAUCAAAAGCCAAGCAAUGUGAGGAGAAGAGACUUGUCAGCACAAACAGAUAUUGUUGAGGAACACUACUCAGAUCACGAACAUGUUCAAAAUGUUAUUGAAAAUAUUUAUAGUGAUGUUUUAGAACUAUCUUCUUCUCAAGAAUCAGAAUAUUUUUCAAAACUCAAUUUCAACAAAAUCCCCCCAGAUGAUAAAGCAUUAAACAUAAUUCAAGAGGGUAGAAAAGAUUUGAUACAGGCUGUUACAACAAAAAAAGUAUCCUCCACAAUUAACAAAGCUGAUCCUGAUCCCAAAAAUGAAGAGAAAAAGAGAGAAAAAGAGAGAGAGGGAGGAAGAGAAAAGGAGGAAGAGAUAGAGAAAGAGAAAGUGAGAGAGAAAGAGAUCAAAAGUGAACCCAGUAAACAAGACCAUGCUCACUACCUACCAGAAAAUAAACCCAGAAUUUUUCCUGCUAAAUUUUUGGAAGAUGUUAUUAUUGAGAUGGUUCACAAAUUGAUCUUUUAUUCUAUACCAGAAACACAGGUACAUGAUGAACUCUAUGACACUGCUAUGAAAUUAAUCGAGUCACUGAUGAAGGAGUUUUCAGCUGCUCAGAUUAAGGUAUUCAGGCCGAAGAAGGGAGAUCAGUUUUUCCCAUCUGUGGGUAAUGUGUCUUCAGUUACUAAAGUACUUUCCAGGUAUAAAGAACCAACUACAGAUGAAAUAUCAUCCAGCAUUAAGAUAAAAGCUGUGGAUAAAAUGCCAUUUAUGCAUAAAAUGGUGGAAAAAUCAUCUUCAGAUAAGAUAUCUUUCAUAGAUAAAAUACCACCAAUUGAUAAAACAUUGGUCAAUAAAAUAGUUCACUCCUCUGUUUGCAAUAUUUUGAAUGAAUAUAAAUCUCAAGACUCUAUUUGUAAAGAUAUAAACAGUAAUGGAGAACAUUUAGCAAGAAGGCUAACUAGUGCAGUAAUAAGUGAAAUUUUUCAACAUCAGCUUGACUUGAUAUUUUGUGAUGAGGUUCCAGUUUCAGAAUGUUUGCCUCUGGAAUCUAAAGAUGUUGUUAAAAAGGUAAAAAAAUUGGCCCAAACAUCCAGCAAAGAAUGUAAAACUUCAAUGCCAUGUACCAUAGUAUUGCCUCAUAAAUUUUCAGAGAAUGUUAUUUCUUCUCUUUUGUCAAAAAUUUUAACAACAUCCAACAUCACAGCCAAAACAUCUAAGGACAAUUUGUUCACAGAACUGGAUUUCCUUCAAAUGAAGUUAGAAAGUGCAAUUGCAACAGAAAUUUCCCAAAAUGAAGAUAUGAUUGUACAGUAUGUAGAAUCCUUACAUUCCAAUGAUGAUGAAAUUAUUCAAUUAGUUGUUCAGUCUAUUUAUAAUAAUCUCUUGCCACAGUUUGGAUCACAAGAGAUCAUAAAAAAUUGUGUAACUAGUGGAUGCAGAAUCCUUUCAGAAACCAUAGUUGACUUAGUUCUACAAGAACUGACUGGCAAUCAGUUGCAAAGCUAUUUUUGUGGACAGCUAACUCCACAUCAGUGUGCAGAAGUUGAAAGUGUUGUUGAAAAUAUUCUUAAAGAUGUUAUCCAAACUACUGAUGUGCCCUCACCUGAAUCAUCACAUGCUCAUAAACUGUCUUUUAACAUAAUAGAGGAAGUUGCUAUAAAAUUUUUAUCAAAGCUUUUGUCUAAAGUGCAUAACAAAAGAACCAAGUCUCUAGAAACUGAAAUGCAAAAAAUAACCUCAAAAAUAUUAAGUUCAGUCCAAGAAUAUAUCUCCAAAAGUAAUAUUAAACUUGUACCACCAGCCAAGGAACCUGCAGCUGACAAUGAAACUAUUGAAAAAGUAGUUGAUUAUGUUUACACUAGUGUUUUAAAGCACUCUGGCUCUCAUGCUUCUGUAUUUAAAGAUUUAAUGGGAAAGAGCAAUGUCCUUUCUGAUAUAAUAGGCUUUUUAAUGGUGAAGGAAAUUGCCGAUUCUGAAUUUCAACCUCAAGUAGAGGAAGAGGCAUCAAAUUCAGAAUUAGUUCUGGAAGCAGUCAAAAUUAUGGAAAAAGUGAUUAAAAUUGUUGACAAAUGUAAAUCCCAGGAAAAGUCUUCAUACAGAAAAGGUGCUACAUUAGAUGCCAAGCCUCUAGAGGAAGCAUUGGCCUUUUUCUUGGCUAAACUAGUAGGGUUGACAAGUAACUCAAACAAAGAUACAAAAACCUUAUCAAGCCCUGAGUUAGAUAAAGUUGCAUCUCAAUUGACAAAAUCUGUAACAGCUGAACUUUCCAAAAGAAGCAUUAGUCUUGUAGCUGCUGAUCCUGAAGAACACCUUUUAAAUCCAGAAAAUAUUGAAAGGAUUCAUCAGGUUGUUGAUUCUGUUUAUAGUAACAUACUGCAACUAUCUGGAACUCACAAAGAACUUUAUUAUGAUAUGAAAGAUACAAACACAGUCUUCCCUGAAAAAGUGGCUAGUUUAAUUAUUGAUGGAGUGUCAAUGUUUUCAUUAGAUGCAGUUAGCUUUAAAAAUUCAAAUGGUGAUCAUUUUGGAGAGCUAGACAUUAGUAGAAUUGUUCAAAAGGCACAAGAGUGUGCUGUUAAUAUGAUUCCCGACUUAGACAAAGAAGUGUGGGGUCAAGAUUUAUCUGAAAAGAAGUCUCCAGUUAAAAUAGUUCCACAUGUUGGGAAAAAACCAAUCCAAAUAGAUCCAAACAUUAUCUCAGAACACUUAGCAGUUAUUUCUAUAAAGACUCAACCUCUCGAGAAAAUUAAGAUAGAAUGUUUAAGAAGAACUGGACAUAGCAUAACAGAACUGAGAAAAGCAUCAAUAAGUGGGAGAAAUUACUUUUCAGACUCCUCUGAUUUAGAAAGCAGAAAGAGAGAAAGACGUAUCUCAUUGGAUAAGACUGGACGCCUGGAUGUAAAACCCUUAGAGGCUGCUUGCAGGAAUUCAUUUCCAAAUAUAAGAAAACCUGAUAUCACCAAGGUGGAGCUUUUAAAAGAUGUUCAAAGCAAAAAUGACCUUAUUGUUCGGUUGUUAGUUCAUGAUAUUGAUUCAGUGGAUUUGGAAAGGAACAUAGAAGAGGAAUUAAAUUCUAAUGAAGAUGAAGUUAUUUUAAGAGAGGUUACUGCACCAGAAGAAAAUUUAGAAGAAUUGUUUAAAGAUCAAGUGAAAGAAGUCACAAAGCCAGAAGAAAGCAAAGUGUAUCCUAAGCCAAUACUAAGUACCAGUAGCCUGAAAAAUAUUUUAUCAUUAUGUAAAUGUUGUCAGUCCACAACCAGUACAGAUAUUGAAAGUACUGAGACAACCUCAAACCAGACAAUGGAAUCUAAGAAGUCACAUGUUAAAAGAACCACGGGUGAGCUUGACAUGGCCACAGAAAAAACCAUGCCUGAAGCAGUCUUUUCUUCUUGGGAAAAAAAGCCACAAUGUAAAAAAGAUGAAAGGAGUCUUGUCACUGAGCCAAUGCAUUACUUCAUGCACAGAAUGAUGAGUUUAUCUUCAUUUGACCAAGAAGAUAUCAUUUCAUCAACUGGGUACAUUAAAGCAGUAAAAUUAUAG